AUGUACCUCUCCGCGAAACAAGGCAAGUGUUCGAUUCGCGAGUAUGUCCACGACCUCCGCUUCCUUGCCUCCUGCGUGACGAAGAAGUCGUCACUAUGGGAAGACAACAAGGUGAACAUUUUCAUGAAUGGUCUGAACGACACCGCUGCGCGGACGCAGCUGUUCCGGACGUAUCUUUUGACGUUCGAAGACGCUGUCCGCAUCGCCUUCGCCAAAGAUUUCUCGGUUACCCAGACACGCAGGGUGAAGCCGUCUUCCCUGCCGCUGGCUCUUGGCGCAUUACCGCUCAUUCUGAAGCGCGCACGAGCCGCGAGCAUCCUCGCGGACAGGGAAAUGGAAGUCCUCAAUACCCUGUCGGCAUAUCCUGCCUCGGACACAUUGAUACUGUGUCGAAUCGGAAGACAGCCUUCUCGCAUGCUGUCUUUCAGCAGCCGUAUCCCUGGAUACGAACGCCUGUUCCUCGUCCUGGUGGAUUGCGGGGCGUCGGAGAACUAUGCCCGACGCGCUUCGAUUCAAGAGAAUCGCUCGAUUUACGAUGAUUCAGUCCAGCGUGCUCCCGCGCAAUCCGUUGUGCGCGUCAAGACGGCCGACGGCCAAGUUGUCACCUUGCCCAAUGUCGUCGUGGCUCUCGCCACUGUCGUGGAGGGCUUUGCCUUCACUGAGCCCUUCUAUGUCAUCGACUUGGAUGACCGAUGGGAUCUCAUCGUUGGCAUGCGGUGA